UUGACAGUUCGCGGCGUCUCAACAGCUGUUGGACCAUUAUCUCAACCUCAAAGCACAAUUUUGAAUCGGUUCGGUUUUUCACACGUGUUUGUCCAACAUUUUAAAUAUUAUUUUCCUUAUAUCUUACUUUUUAAACCAUGGAGGAAGACACAGGAGUUAAAGCACCAGUAACACGGUUAAGACGAAGGCUAUCAGUAGAGCAGUCAGAAGAAAGCAAAUCCCCAGCUAUGAACACACCUACCAAAAGAAGGGGCCGGAAGAAACCUGAACUUGAACUAAUUGAUGAAAAUACACCAGAAAACACGAAACCUCAGAGAACAAGAAAGGCUACUGUUAAAGACGCAAUUGAGAGUGUAGAAGAAAAACCAGUGACUCCUGCACGCCGUAGCACUAGAAUAAAGUCUAACACCAGUAUCGCAUCUGAGACCACAGUGGCCGUUAAUUCUCCGAGAGCUAAGAGAGCAACCAGAAGGACCUCGCAAAUUGGAAGUGACAAUGAAGCUCCACCGACACCUAUAAGAACAACUAGGAGGACACGAAAGGAUUCUACAUCCAGUCUAGAAAAAGUUGAAGUGGCACCACCUUCUAAACCUCCAAUUCAAAUCACAGAAGUCAUUGUUGAAGAACCAGAACCUAAUUCAAGGAAAUCUACGAAUUCUGAAGUAGAAGAUAAGACAAGUUUAUCACCGAAUAGCUUCAGACGAAGCCCGCGUCUAGUAAACAAACAAAAUCAGAGUAUAAAUAAGACUGAAGAUGUUACUGAUCAAUGUAACUCUAAUGAAGAGACACCUAUAGAAGAAAAGAAUGAAAUUCCGGAAGAUAAUUCAACUCCAUCUGAAUCCUUAGACACCAAAGAAGUAAAACAAGACAUUACAAAAGACAGGCUCUCGAUAUCAAGUUCAAACUUGAUAAAAGAAUUAGAUACAAAGGGGAACUUAAAAAAAAAUAAAAUCAAUCUAAAUAAAAGCAAUCCAGUUGUUGUACUUCAUAAUGUUGAAAAAACAAAGAGAAAUCGUACAAAAUCAUGGACAGCAGAAAAAGAUUCAAACGAAAGCAACUUUUUCAGUGACAAUGAAAGUAUGAAGAAGAAAAUCAAGGGUAAACUAAAAUCUACUUCUAUUUUGAAUGUUUCUGAGUCAAAAGACGAGCAAGAUAAAAGCUUAAAUAAAUCCAAGAACAGCAAUGAAAUUAAUGAUUCUAUUGUGAAGGAUGCAAAUAGAUCAGUUGAUACUAAAGACAUUGAAGCAGUUGAAGACAUUCAAAAUCAAUCAAGGAACAAACAGCUCCAAAUCAAUGACAGCACAAGUUUGUUAUAUAAAAAUCCAACUGGGGAUAUUAAGACUGUGGUGGUGAUUGAAGAUUCUGAUUCCAACUCGGGGAAAACAAAUGUUCAAGAUAUAAAUGAUAGUGGAGAUCAAUGUGUCCCAGUUAUAGAACACACUGAACAAAAUAUUCAAGAGGUUAAUCAAUUUUCAGUUACCCAUGAUCAUAGCAUAAGGUUAAAUAAAUCCAAAAAUAGGACUAUCACCGACAAUAGCUGUGAACCAAUGGAUGUAGAUGAGACAAUACCUGAUAGUAUGGUCAUUUCUGAUACUGAAACAAAAGCAAAUGAUAAAUCCAGGAAAUCCUUCCCCAAUGACAUGGAGGCAAAUAUAUCUGAGAAUGAUAAAGGAAAUAAAUCUCAAAAUAAUGAAAAUAAAAGUGUUCUUAUAUCAACUCAACUGAAGAAUACUUCUGAUGGGAAAUCGCCUAAACUUUCAAAUAAAUUAUUAUCAAAGUCAGCCUUUGAUUUAGAUGUAACCCAAGAGGAAACAAACAAUAAAAAUAUUUCUCUUAAUUACUUAACAAGCACUCCACUCCAACAUAAGUCAAUUCAAAAAUUAGCCAUGCAAGUCAACACUUCAAUAAUUGCAUCUAACAACGAUAGUGCGCAUGUUAUAGGAAACACGGAUAAGAAUUCAGAGAAAGCUACUGAUGCUGAUCCUGUAAAUGAAAAUGACUUAUCUAACAAGGAAAAUAAAAAUAUUAUUAAUACUGAAUAUGAAGAAAAAAUGGAUAUAUCUAUUAACAAGGAAACUUCAAAUGAUUUAUCAAGCAAUAAGCUGAACAAAUUGAAUUUGUCCAAAAAUAAAAAUGAUGAAAUUGAUGUACCAGAUGAAGAAACCCCAAUAAAAAUAUCCAAGAAUUUAAAAUCAAAAAAUUCAAAGCAGAACAAAAUAACAUCUAUAACCUCUAAUGAUUCCAAUUCAGGUGAAUCAGACAAUGAAUCAAGAGAGAGUAAUAUGUUAGAUGAUGAAGCUGAAGAUGCUGGAGAUGAUUAUGAAUCUGGAGACAGCCAAAAUGAAAGCGAAAGACAAUACGCAGAAGAAAACGAGAUCAUAGAAAAAGGUGAAACUUUGACAUCCGAAAAUGAAGACCUGUCCAAUGAUUCCGAUUAUGAAAAAGAUUCAUUUGUUGUCAGUUCGGAUGAAGAAGACAACGAACUAUUAGAAGGAACGGAUGAUGAUCUUUCCAUGAGCGACAAUGAACUCAAAAUGACAGCUAAAUCAAAGAAAAAGUACGAUGAAAGAAAACUGAAAGAACAAAAGAGAGCAUCCAGAGAAAUGUAUGAGUCGCGUCACAAAAUAAUUAAUAAAACCAAAAAGAAAUCCCAACAACGGCUUAGCUCUUCCGAGGAAUUGUCUGAAUCGGAAGUCGAAUCGGAGAAGCCUAAGAAGAAUAAUAGAAUGCGCUUAGAUUCAAGUAACGAUAGCGAGGACGGAAAUGAAAGCGCAUCUCAGAAAAAAACUCCAGUGUUAUCCGAGUCUAUUUGUGAGGAGGCUGAUAAUGAAAAGGAAAUCACCAUAGCUGAAGAGAGUUUGAAAGAAAAUGACCCACUGUCUCAAAUUAAAGAAGAACCAAAAACGCCGCUCAAAAAUGCUAAUGAAACAAUUGCUUUCAUAGAUUCCGAAGACACAAAUAAUGAUAAGAAUGAAUCCACAAAAACUCAAACAGAGCUUCAAGAUCCUCUAGAAGCUAUGGAUGAUGAUGAUGAUGAUGACGACGACGACUCUUUAUGCAGUGAAAACCAAGAAAUUAUGCAGAAUUACGAUUCCAUAUUAAAUGAUUUAAACAAAUCCAAUAAAAUCAAAACAAAAACAUGUGAUAUUUCACUUAAUAUUGAUAAGAAAUUGAAGAAAAAAGAUAAGAAUAGUUUAGUUGAUGAAUUGAAUUUAACACAAGUGAAAUCUAACAAAAAGGUUAUUAAGAAAAAAGUGUUGGAUAAGGAGAUAGGCAGGGAGGAAGAUAAUUCAAAGAAUGAUCAUGAUUCUUCUGACUCUAUUGAUAUACAUUUACUAUUCUCUGAAGACAGUAAUGACAGUGAAAGCAAGAAAAAGAAAAUGGCGGAUAAUGAAGAUAAGUCCACACCUAUAAAGAAAUCAGAAUCUAAAAGUAUAGUUGAAGAAGAUAUAAACGAUCAAUCUGGAAAUAUUUCUCUUAAGCAAAGUGCAAAGAAGAAUAAGAAACGUAAAUCUCAAUUAGAAAAGGUCACUACUGAUACAGAAGACGAUAAUAAUUUUGGUUUCUUCAUUGACACUGAGGGUACACAUAAUGAUACACUUAAUAAGUCACAUAACAAGAAUUUGAAAGACAAUAAGGAUUCAACUAUCAAAAAUGUGGACUCAGAUUCUGAGGAAAUCUCAUCUCAAGAAGAGCCAGCUGAAUUUAAUGAAAGUCCUAAAAAAGAAAUCAAAGAUUCUACUUUAAAUAAGUCACUUAACAAAUCAGUGACUAAAACCCCUGGGAGUACAAAGAAAACAACACCAAAGAAAAUGGAACAACAUGCUAGUGACAGUUCUGAUUCCGAUGCACCAAUGGAGGUAUCUUUCAAGAAAGACAAAGAAGAAUCCAAAGUACAAGAAACAAUUGAAGUAUCACAAGAUAAAAAUGAAUCAAAAUUAAAUAAAUCUCUUGUCAAAACACCAGCCAGUGAAAAGAAAAACAAAGUAAAGACACAAUCUACAGCAGAAAAAAUUAAUGAAUCAUUGAACAAAUCAAUUACUAAGACACCAAAGGAUGGAAAAAAGUCGCUGGGUCAAGACGUCGAGGCAAUAGAUCAUUCAAACGAAAAUACCUUCAUAGAGAAAUCAUUCAACAAGUCUGUUGCUAAAACUCCAAUAAGUGAAAAAAAGAAGAAAAAUUCAUUGAAAAACAAUGUUGAAGAUGAAGAAAAUGUUGAACCCACUACACCAAAUUUAAAUACUUCUGUGGGGGCAAAGAAAAAGAAAAAGUCAAUUAGUGAACUACCAGAGAAUAAUUCAGUACAUGAAGGUCAAGACAAUCAAUAUGAUAACUUAAGUUUAAUCAAAACUCCAGGUAGUAGCAAAAAAACAAUAUCAUUGAACACCAAAUCACCAAAACUAGCUAACAAUGACUCACAAAGCGAAACAUUAGUCAAUAGAUCUGUAACAAAAACUCCAGGAAGUGAAAGAAAGAAAAACAAAUCAGUGUCAGAAGAGUUAGAAAGUGACAAUAUGUUACAAAAAUCUAUGACAAAAACUCCAGGAAGCGAAAGAAAGAAAAACAAAUCUGUCUCAGAAGACACUAGUGAAAUAGCACUUAAUAUUUCUACGAUCAAGACACCGGGCAGUCAAAAGAAGAAUGAGUCUGAUACAAAAGAAAACGCUGAAAUAGAAUCCAAAAAGCGUAAAAGAAAGUUGUCGCUGACUCCUCAAGUUGAAGAAUCUUCGGUGACAGUUGAGGAUGUUCAAGCACCUUUGCUUAAUGAAUCACUAGUCCGCAACAAAAAGAAAAAGCGUAAAAUAUCCCAACAAGAAACAAACGAAGUCACAAUACAGGCAAAUGAGAUUGAAAGGCAAGAAGUUGAAACAAGUGACCUUGUGGUGAAAGUUGAUGUGCCAAAGAAACAAAAAAGCAAGAAACGAAAGCAAAGAGAAGACGACGAAGGAAAUAAUAUUACAAAGAUAUCGAAACAAAAUUCAUUUGAAAAGGCUCCCGUAUCGCGUCUGCCGACAAGUGUAUUAGAGCAAUUGGAUGACAAACCACAACCCAAAGCCGUACAGCCAAAAUCUAAGAAGUUGAAAGUUAUAUCAACAACAGAGUUUAUUGUUGAAGAAACUAAAAAACGGAAGGCUAAGCCAUCGAAUUAUUUAGAAGAAAGUGUUUAUCUCGACGAUGAUGAUACUGAUGAAUUGAAAAAAAAGAAGUCAAAAGGAAAAAUUAUGAAACCAAAAGUGUUACCAUUCGUGCCUACUGCUUCCAUUUCCAAUCAAGGGUAUACUACUACGUUUAAAGUCAAUAUAAUUCCUAAAGAGACUAAAUUUGUUGCCCAGUCUAGCACAGUAGACAAUUUUAAAAAUGAUUAUUUAUACAAUAAGAAAAUUAAGAGGCAGGGAACCUAUGAAUUGUAUAAAAGAAAUAGAAAUCUAAAAUUGUCAAAAUUUUAAAUAAAUACUUUCGUGACAUAAAAUUAAUCCGCCUUAAUAUUUGUGUUAAUAAUUUUUGUCAGAAGCUGGUAUGUUCUUUUGUAAAUUAUUUUAUUGCAAUAACUAUACCACGCUUUACGUUUGUCAAGCCUUAUAAUGAUGUGAAUGUUUCUUCAAGGCAAUUCUACAGCUUGAAAGGAACAAAAUUCUAUUCGUAUUUGAUAUUCAAGCAAAAUUAUUAAUAAAUAUCAUAAAAUAUUUCAAUAACUUUAGCGAGCUGCCUUUUAUUAGUAAGAUCGACUGUGCCUACACAAAAAUGUUAAAUAAUUAAGGUUGUUAUAAGUUUUGUGUUUACUUGAUUUGUUUGUUUUUAAUAGUUAAGGUUUGGAUUACUCAUUUUGUUACAUUGUGACAUGUUAUAUUUGAAAUCGCCGCGAACUUCUAGGGGGCGCUGGUGUAAAUGUUAUAACUUUAGACUAUGUGACAUGUUUUUGAAUAUUAAGCAUUCCCUCUUUAUUAUUAUAUUGUUUAUCUUAAUAAAUAUGUUCUUUCAUAA